CAUAGCUGCUGCCAGGCCCCUAAUCUGCCAUGGGCCCCUGUACCGCCUCCUCAUGCUGCUCAGGCCAGGUCCACAGUGUCUCAUGCCAUGUGCCACUUUCAGGUCUCCUCACACUGCUGGUGUGUUCCAUUUUUUGGGUCAUAGGGUGCUGGCAGAUUACGGGCCUCCCAUAGCUGCUGCCAGCCCCUAAUCUGCCAUGGGCCCCAGUCGCCUCCUCAUCAGGCUGCUGCCAGGUCCAGAGUCUCUCAUGGGUCCCUGUACGGCCUCCCAUUGCUGCUGUGUCUCCAUCGCCACACUCUGCCAUGUGCCACUUUCAGGUCUCCUCACACACUGUGUGUGUUGAAAUUUUUU